GUCCCGCCAGCUCCAGCUCCUGCGGCGCAGGGCGGAACCUCGGCCGGCCGGCCCGCCCGCCCGCGCGCAGGUGUGAGAGCCGGGGCGGAGCGCAGCGCUGCCGGUGCCAGGCUUCCGCGGCCGCCGCCCCGGACCACGGGCCACAGUCGCUUUCCCCGCCGAGGCCGAGGCGCCCGGAGCCAUGGCCGGCCUGAACUGCGGGGUCACACUCCCACUGCUGGGGGUCCUGCUGCUGGGAGCCGUGCUCCUGACAGGCGGAGCGGCUUUCCAGAUUGGCCUGCCCCACGGAAGUGGCAUCACCGUUUCGAUAAAGCUCGGGACCCCACUCCUGUCAGGGAAGCACUGUUCCAUCAUUACUAGGAGAAUAUUGACAACCACGUUGCUCAUCAAAUCUGGAGAAACCAAGGACUUUUCCUUCAGCUGCCGGGAUCCAGAGAACUACUUUGUCAUUGAGAUUCAGAAGAACAUUGACUGCAUGGCAGGCCCAUGUUUUUUCGGGGAGGUCCAGCUGCAGCCCCCAACGUCAGGGUUGCCCACCCUCAACCGGACUUACAGCUGGGAUGUGCAGGCUCACAAGAGAAUCGGCCUGGAGCUGCAGUUCUCCCUGCCGCGCCUGCGGCAGAUCGAGCCAGGGGACAGCUGCCCGGACGGAAUCACUCACUCCAUCAGUGGCCGAGUCGAUUCCACCACAGUCCAGAUCGGGACCUUCUGUAGCAACGGCACCGUGUCCCGGAUCAAGAUGCAAGAGGGCGUCCACAUGGCCUUACACCUGCCCUGGUUCCACCACAGAAACGUCUCUGGCUUCAGCAUCGCAAACCGGUCACCCAUCAAACGACUGUGCAUCAUCGAAUCUGUGUUUGAGGGUGAGGGCUCCGCAACCCUGAUGUCUGCCAACUACCCUGCCGGCUUCCCUGAGGAUGAGCUCAUGACCUGGCAGUUUGUCAUUCCCGCGCCCCUGCGGGCGAGCGUCUCCUUCCUCCAGUUCAACGUCUCCAACUGCGAGAGGAAGGAGGAGCGGGUUGAGUACUACAUCCCGGGCUCCACCACCAACCCCGAGGUGUUCAAGCUGGAGGACCAGCAGCCCGGGAACAUGGCCGGGAAUUUCAACCUCUCUCUGCAGGGCUGUGACCAAGAUGCCCAGAACCCAGGGACCCUCCGGCUGAAGUUUCAGGUUCUGGUUCAGUAUCCACAACAUGAAAGCAAUGUCACCUACGUGGUUGACUUGAGUAAAGAGAGAGACAUGUCGCUCAGCAUCGAGCCGAGGCCCAGCAGGCAGAGCCGCAGGUUCGUCCCCGGCUGCUUUGUGUGCCUGGAGUCUCGGACUUGCAGCACCAACCUCACCCUGACAGCUGGCUCCAGACACAAGAUCUCCUUCCUCUGCAAUGACCUGACUCGCCUGUGGAUGAACGCCGAGAAGACCUUUGGCUGCAUGGACCACCGGUACUGCCUCAGGAGGUCCUACUCCCUCCAGGUGCCCAGGGACAUCCUCCAGCUGCCUGUGCAGCUCCACGACUUCUCCUGGAAGCUGCUGGUGCCCAAGGACAGGCUCAGCCUGGCCCUGGUGCCGGCCCAGAAGCUGCAGCAGCACACGCAGGAGCGGAUCUGCAACAGCAGCUUCAGCUACCUGGUGGCCAGCGCCGGCCUCGGCCAGGACCUUUACUUGGGCUCCUUCUGCUCCGGAGGCGCCAUCCAGCAGAUCCAGGUGAAGCAGAACAUGUCGGUGACCCUGCGCACCUUUGCCCCCAGCUUCCGACAAGAGGUCUCCAGGCAGGACCUGACCGUGUUUUUCAUACCUCACUUCAAAGAGGAAGGGGUUUUCACGGUGACCCCGGAUAUGAAAAACAAGGUCUACCUGAGGACCCCUAACUGGGAUCGGGGCCUGCCGUCCCUCGCCUCGGUGUCCUGGAACAUCAGCGUGCCCCGCGACCAGGUGGCCUGCCUGACCUUCGUGAAGGAGCGGGCGGGCCUGGUCUGCCAGACGGGACGCGCGUUCCUCAUCGUCCAGGAGCACUCAUCCGCAGCCGAGGAGGUCUUCAGCCUGGAGGAGGUGCUGCCCAAGCCCAGCACCCACCACCGCAGCUUCUGGGUCAACGUCUCCAACUGCAGCCCCGCGAGCGGCAAGCAGCUGGACCUGCUCUUCCAGGUGUCGCUCAGCCCGAGAACUGUAGACCUGACCGUCAUCCUCAUCGCCGUGGUGGGAGGCAGCGCCUUACUGCUAUUUGCCCUUGGACUCAUCAUUUGCUUCGUGAGAAAGAACAGGAAAAAGAAGAGGAACAAGGGCCCGGCUGUGGGCAUCUACAAUGGGAACAUCAGUACCCAGAUGCCCAUGCAGCCAAAGUUCCAGAAAGCACCAAAGGAUGCUGACCCCCACGUGUACGCGGUCAUCGAAGACACCAUGGUAUAUGGGCACCUGCUGCAGGGUUCCAACGGGUCCUUCGUCCAGCCCGAGGUGGACACUUACCGGCCCUUCCAGGGCCCUGUGGGGGCCAGCCCGCCCUCCCCGCCCCCCACAUGCUCCAGGACCUGGACUGUGAAGUUGGCCCCUGAGGAGCCGUGCCCUGGCUUCAGUCCUGAGUCCGAGAGUGAGCCGUACACCUUCUCCCACCCCACCAAGCGCAGCGGAGGCGACAGGAACACAGAAGUUCCCUUGCUGGACGCCCACGAGGUGGAGCAAACUGGGGAAUAACCUGGACUCAUCCCAAAGACUUUGCGUAAAGCCAGGCACGGAGACACCCUGCCGGUUGCCCCCCUGAAAACCUAAAGCAGCGGGCUCAUAUGGAAGGGGCAGCAGGAGGUUUUCCUGGACUCCCCAGCUUCUGAUUUCCGAGUGGGCUCAUUCCGAUGAUGAGUUCUGGUCUGGAUGCAGUCACCACUGCUCAGGUCUUUGCAAACUCAGGAGCGGCUGCAAACCAGGCCACAGUGAGAGAGAAGGAGUCGCCCAGGCCGGGCUUGCAACAAGCCCUGGUUCGGAUUUGGAUUUGGAUCUGGAUCUCUUUGGGGGGCCAUCCGUUUUCCUGCUUCUCCUUCCUGCCACUGAGGAGAGACUACGAAACAAUCCAGCCCGCAGGUGUGUUUUCUUUAGCCAACAGAAUCUUUUUUAAGAAUCGAUCACUAACCUUUAAAAUGAGAAAAUGUUUACAUCACAAUCCAGAUCAGAAGACCUGGCCAGGCUGGGUCUCACAUUCUCACCAGGCAGCAACUGGCUACGUGGAGAAGCUGGGCCACCCUCCGCUGGGGCCUCUGGUCUACCAGUUCCCCAGAGGCGCCCCCCCUCCUGGGCACCCCCGACACCCCCACAGGGUCGCUUUUCUCAGGACACAGUGAAAAGCAUGGGGCCUGUAUCUCCGCCCUAUCGAAUGAGAAGACAGGCCUGGAGGCUGGUGUGUGCUUCCGGAAGUUUUCUCACACACAGUCCACACCCCUCACUUACUGUACUUACCUGCCCAGCUCCUGUGGGGGUUUGUUUGCCUCCGUGGGCCCUGCUCUCACCUGGGAGGAGACAGAUUGUGUUAUGGCUUGUCAGCACAGUCCGAAGUUCAAUGUUUCUAUGGCAGAGCCUCUGAAAAAUAAAGGCACCCCGCUGAGCUCCGUGCACUCACCCUGGAAACGCAGCGUCCAGACUUGUGUGUGGGCUGCGUUGCCCACACAAAGAGGAGCCAUGUAGUCUCCUCCGUGGUGUGCGUUCUAAGGCCUCUCGAACUCCUCCCAGAGAGAAGGGUUUGUGGUUUUUUCAUCACGCCCUCGGGGUUGCUGUGGCGCCUUUUCCCUCUCAAAGGCUGGCUCCCCGCCAGGGACCCCCACCUCCUGGUCUCUUCUGUGGGUCACUGGCUUGGUGCUCUGCCUUCUGCUCCAGAGGGAGGCUGGCCAUCUUUGGCGUAGCUGUCUGUCAUCACACACGUCCCCUUUAAUGACCAGGUUGCCAGGCGGCCAUUGUCUCUUAACCGAGAGCUCAGAACUGCAGGUCACCUCGCUGUCUCCCUGAGGCCUCGGGUGUUCUGAAGACAAGCCACCCAGAAGGAGCCAGCCCGGCACACUCGUAGCCCUUUAAAGCCCGGGCCCCAGAUAUGUAAACUACUUUGGGGUCACAGGAAACCAGUCAGAUGCGUUUGUCGAAGCCCCCACACCGGGGCUGCCGCUGCCCGGGCUGCCCUCGUGCCCACCUGCCAUGGCUGUGAGGACCCCUGUGCAGAGAGGACCCUCCUCCAGUGCUGCGGUCCCUGUCCACGGGAUGGGCGGGUCUCCAGGACGAGAGGAAGGGGGAAAGCCCAGAUCCACUGGGCGUGACCUUGGCCGCCAUCAGCGGGCUGGUUUGUGUGAAUCUGCAGUGCAUACUUGGAAAUAAUUUAUUUGUUGUAGAUACUUUUUUAGGUGCUGUUUUAUUUCCUGUGCUUUUUAAAAUAAA